AGGUGGUUUUACGUGUUAAAUUGGGCCUAUGAGCACCCUUAGGCAUGCGAGUGGUGUGAAGCUCCUCAGGCUGGUGGGAGGGUAGUUUUCCCUGUAAAAUCGGGACUGUGAGUACCCUCAAGUAUGUGGAUGGUGUGAGAGACCGCAGGGACGGUUCUGCUAAAAUGGAGCUGAGUGAUGCCAAUUUACAGACUUUAACUGAAUAUCUAAAGAAGACUUUAGAUCCAGACCCUGCUAUAAGGCGUCCUGCGGAAAAGUUUCUUGAGUCAGUCGAAGGAAGCCAGAAUUAUCCCUUGUUACUCUUAACAUUGCUGGAGAAAUCACAGGAAAAUGUCAUCAAAGUUUGUGCAUCUGUAACAUUCAAGAAUUACAUUAAAAGGAACUGGAGAAUUGUUGAAGAUGAACCGAACAAAAUAUGUGAAUCAGACAGGAUAGCCAUUAAAGCCAACAUAGUGCCCUUGAUGCUUAGCAGCCCAGAACAAAUUCAAAAGCAGUUAAGUGAUGCCAUUAGUAUUAUUGGUCGGGAAGACUUUCCUCAGAAAUGGCCAGACUUAUUGACAGAAAUGGUGAAUCGCUUUCAAAGUGGAGAUUUCCACGUCAUUAAUGGGGUCCUUCGCACUGCUCACUCUUUGUUUAAAAGGUACCGCCAUGAAUUUAAAUCAAAUGAAUUAUGGACAGAGAUCAAACUUGUCCUUGACGCCUUCGCUUUGCCCUUGACAAAUCUCUUUAAGGCAACUAUUGAACUUUGCAGCACACAUGCAAAUGAUGCUAGUGCUUUGAAGGUUCUAUUUUCUUCUCUCAUUCUAAUUGCGAAGCUGUUCUACAGUUUAAAUUUUCAGGAUCUUCCCGAGUUUUUUGAAGAUAACAUGGAAACAUGGAUGACAAAUUUUCAUAGUCUUUUAACUUUAGAUAAUAAACUUUUGCAGACCGAUGAUGAAGAAGAAGCUGGAUUACUGGAGCUCUUGAAAUCACAAAUUUGUGAUAAUGCUGCUUUGUACGCUCAAAAAUAUGAUGAAGAAUUCCAGCCCUACCUGCCACGUUUUGUAACAGCGAUCUGGAAUCUGUUAGUCACAACAGGCCAGGAAGUGAAAUAUGACUUGCUGGUUAGCAAUGCAAUCCAGUUUCUGGCCUCAGUUUGUGAGAGACCACAUUACAAGCAUCUGUUUGAAGACCAGAAUAUAUUGACAAGCAUCUGUGAAAAAGUUAUUGUUCCCAAUAUGGAAUUUAGAGCGGCUGAUGAAGAAGCAUUUGAAGAUAAUUCUGAAGAAUAUAUAAGAAGGGAUUUGGAAGGAUCUGAUAUUGACACCAGGCGCAGAGCAGCUUGUGAUCUAGUGAGAGGCUUGUGCAAAUUUUUUGAAGGGCCUGUGACAGGGAUUUUUUCUGGAUAUGUUAAUUCUAUGCUGCAAGAAUAUGCAAAGAAUCCAUCUGUUAACUGGAAGCACAAAGAUGCAGCUAUUUACCUGGUUACGUCUUUGGCAUCCAAAGCUCAAACACAGAAGCAUGGAAUAACACAAGCCAAUGAACUUGUUAACCUGACAGAAUUCUUUGUAAAUCACAUUCAACCUGACCUAAAGUCUGCUAGUGUGAAUGAAUUCCCUGUGCUAAAAGCAGAUGGUAUCAAAUAUAUCAUGAUUUUUAGAAACCAAGUACCUAAAGAACAACUGUUGGUAUCUAUUCCUCUCUUAAUAAAUCAUCUUCAGGCAGAAAGUAUUGUGGUCCAUACUUACGCAGCGCAUGCUCUUGAAAGACUGUUUACCAUGAGGGGAACAAAUAACACAACCCUCAUUACAGCUGCAGAAAUGGCACCAUUUGUAGAAGUGCUAUUAACGAACCUUUUUAAAGCACUGACGCUUCCUGGCUCAUCAGAAAAUGAAUACAUUAUGAAAGCCAUCAUGAGGAGUUUUUCUCUGCUACAGGAAUCCAUAAUUCCAUACAUCCCCUCUGUCAUCACACAGCUUACACAGAAACUGCUGGCAGUCAGUAAGAAUCCAAGCAAACCUCACUUUAACCAUUACAUGUUUGAAUCAAUAUGCUUGUCAAUAAGAAUAACGUGUAAAGCAAACCCUGAUGCAGUUGGAAGUUUUGAAGAGGCUUUGUUUAUGGUGUUCACUGAGAUACUACAGAAUGAUGUGCAAGAGUUCAUUCCAUACGUGUUUCAAGUGAUGUCCCUACUUCUGGAAAUGCAUAAAAAUGAAAUCCCAUCAUCCUACAUGGCAUUGUUUCCUCAUCUACUUCAGCCAGUAUUGUGGGAAAGGACAGGAAACAUUCCUCCUUUGGUCCGACUCCUGCAGGCUUAUUUAGAGCGGGGUGCCAAUACAAUAGCGAGUGCUGCUGCUGACAAAAUUCCUGGAUUGUUAGGUGUGUUCCAGAAGUUGAUUGCCUCUAAAGCUAACGACCAUCAAGGAUUCUAUCUUCUAAACAGUAUUAUAGAGCAUAUGCCUCCGGCAUCAGUUGACCAGUACAGGAAACAGAUCUUCAUUCUACUAUUCCAAAGACUUCAAAAUUCCAAAACAACAAAGUUUAUCAAAAGUUUCCUAGUCUUCAUUAACUUGUACUGCAUAAAAUAUGGGGCGUUGGCUCUGCAAGAAAUAUUUGACAGCAUACAGCCAAAGAUGUUUGGAAUGGUUUUGGAGAAAAUUAUAAUUCCUGAAAUACAGAAAGUGUCCGGACAAGUUGAGAAGAAAAUCUGUGCUGUUGGCAUUACAAAAAUAUUAACAGAAUGUCCUCCUAUGAUGGACACUGAGUACACCAAGCUGUGGACUCCUUUGCUGCAGGCCCUUAUUGGCCUCUUUGAACUGCCUGAGGAUGACACUAUCCCUGAUGAAGAACACUUCAUUGACAUAGAAGAUACUCCAGGAUAUCAGACUGCAUUCUCUCAGCUGGCCUUUGCUGGGAAAAAAGAACACGAUCCUGUAGGUCAAAUGGUGAACAAUCCUAGAAUCCAUCUGGCACAAUCUCUCCACAAACUGUCUACGGCGUGCCCAGGCAGGGUUCCAUCAAUGCUGAAUACUAGUCUGAAUGCAGAAGCAUUGCAGUAUCUCCAAGGAUACCUCCAAGCUGCAAGUGUGACACUGCUCUGAAUUGCGUAUGUUUCACAAGCAAGAUCAAAAGUUGUUUCCUUACACAGAAGGUUGACACUGACUUUUUUUAUAGCAGAGCUCAGACAAAAUGAAAAUUGCUACUUGAAACCCUAUUGCAGAAUCCAUCUUGUAAACGAUAAAUGUGGCUUUAAGCAGAAACUGAAAGAAUUUGGUGGUUUGUGUACUCAUAGAUAAAGGUGGCUAACUUCCAUUCCCAGUUCAAUUUCAAAGGGAAUAGGCAAAGCGGUUUGUUAUGGGAUUUAUUUGAAAUCUGCAUCUGCAGUGUUUGGAUAACAUUUUGAAAUGUAUGGAGAGCACUGGCUGUAGAAACUCAACUUCGGUCACUAAAAUUCCUUUUCAUUUUCAUGUUGUCCUUUGUAUUUCUUUUGUCUUUCCUUAAACUUUAUCUAAAUUGUGAAUAAAUAAGAAAUACUUGUUUAAAAUGCC